UUUUUUUUUUUUUUUAAUUGUUAAAUUAGAAAUAUUUUCUCUAAAAACACCGCAUCGCGGUCCCCGAUUUGAAACACGCCACGGGAAAAAAUAAAAGCGAAACGCGCAUCGUCCAAAUUUCCAGCUGUCCUUUAUCAUCAUAUUCGGAUCUGCGUUUUUCUUCGCCGAUCGAUGCUUAUUUAGUAACGAUCGGUUCUGAUUUAUUUCUGAUCGGCGCGCGCGAGAGGCUCGUGUCCGUGCGGCGCGUCCUCCCCGGGCCGAACAACGCCACCGACCGAACAUGAACGCGAUCGUCUUCGCGAGUUUCUCCCUUUCGUGAACACAAGAUCCCCAGCUGACUCGCGCUCUUUGCUCGCUUCGAUACGCAGAGGCGCGUUUUCCAGCAAUUAACUAUAAAAGAUGAUUGAGGACUUCAGCCUGAGCAGGGGAGGCGAGCUUUCCGCUGAAGCGAACGCAGACGGAUUACGGUCUGCCAUUCGGAGGACGUUUGAAGCUGAUUGAGCUGAAACAAUGUAACGCUUCGACAGCACCGAAGUGUCAAUUAACCCGUCGUUCUGCAAUAAAAUAUUAAUUAACACAAUCGACAAAAUAUUAAGCGAGUCUAGCGCUAAUGUGUACGUAACUGAACAAAUCGCGCGGUUUGUUUCAUUAAGGCCAAGCUAAGAAAAGCGCCGUGGUCAUGCAAACCAAGCUGGACGGUCACCAAACCGGUUUUUUUCUCUCAUUAAGCGAACGGACCGGUCAAUAGCGUCCCGCAGGCGUAAAGGGGGUGUAUCUGCGUUAGUGGAUUUGCUCUAUCCCUCCAGGGACUGCCUCCCUCGCGGCCUCGCAUGAAUUCUUUACAAAGAACAUGAAUAUUUCAGGGAAUUGAUGUACGAAUGCAUUCAGAUGCAGGUUGGGAUCCAGGCUCAGUGAAAGACCUUCUGUGGUGUCUUUCAGUGGCUUUAUUAUUCAGCUGCUAUUGGACUCGGAGGCUUGUAGAGACAGAGGCUGCUGUCGCAACGCUCUUUUGGCUUCCUCAAAGACUUAUGAAAUGUGGGCUCGUUUCGUCGAGAGCUCUCAAUUUCACUUCUCCUCUUGGUUAUUUCGGUUGUUCCUUUAGCUUUUGUGCUUACGCUGGGAUUGCGCUAAUCUCUGGGACGUUUUUGAGGCACCUGACCCGUCACAGGAGGAGAUAUCAAAUGAAUCCCAAUUGAGCAUUAAAAAAACGUGACUUUGUCGUGGUUUCUUCUCGUUUGGAGCUGAGGUGUUCUUCAUUAGCAUUGAGAUUUGGACCGUCACGGACCUUCUUGUAUAGACGACGGGAUGUCAUAUGGAAGAACCCAAUAUUUUUGGCUUCCCUGAAGAAUUUCAGUGAACAGAUUUUAAAAGAGUGUUUUGAACCAAUAAACAAACCAGUUUUAAAUCAGUUAAAGUUGUUUUUAAGCUUUACCAGCAACCCAAAGCAACCGCAAUCACCCACAACACCUUAGCUUCAAAACCACUCACAUUGCUUUAAAGGAAAUCAAAAAAAACCCGAGCUAAGCCUAUUUCUGCUAUUCAUCUGCCUUAAUUUGAACUGUUUGGACACCACCAUGAUUGUUUCACGGACAUUUCUAGAAACGUCCAAAUUUGAAAGCAUUCUUGUGUGUUGAGGCUUGAUGUUGCGUUAAGCGUUUGGUCUCCAUUUCCUCCAAACCCUUGAUUCUCCUGUUCUUCUUACCAUGUCUUGUCUGGGGGGGGGUUGUGUUGGCUUCCUUCCUGCAACCCCCCACACCACAGGCACACACACACACACACACACACACACACAGCCCAAGACCAUUGUUUCCGAUCACAGCUUUGUGUGUGUUUUACAGCAUGUUGCUCAAAGAUAAAAACACACCCUCCCUCCUCUUUUAUUGUCUUGGAGGGGCAGAACGUCCCUGUCUGUCCCCUCAUUCUUAUAUCCUGCCUGGAUAUCCCAGCAACCCUGCUCUGUUUACAGGUUAACCCCCGCCGACUCCCACUUACCCUUGUGUUUUGCUUUCCAGAGGGGAAUAAAUAACUGUACUGAGAGAUUUUAUUAAAGAGCUCGUCGCGUGAACGUCUCGGGCUGAGGGGGUAAGGGGAUAUAAAGACAGGCACAGGUGUUUAGUGGGGUUAUGAAAGCGUCUCUGGUGUUUACGGCAGACCUGAUGAAGGGGUUUGUAGGGAGAUACGAGGUUGGCAAGCCAUAAAGCCUCUCUCACUUCCAAAAAAUUCUGAGAUUGCAGUUUUAGGGCCCUCAUCGAGGGCUCCGCCGAUAUUGUUAGAAACCGUUUCUGUUGUCAUGGCGCAUGCUUUAAAAGACACGAAAUCGAAAUGCUCCCUUUUAUGUAAUGCGCUUACCUGUACGCUGUGCGAACAAUUAAUCAGUGCACUUUAAUAAAAAAGGACGUCUCUGUAUUAAUCUUUCAUCAGAAUAUAUAAUAACUCGCUCCAAUAUCCGUCCUCUUCAACCACAGUGCUUGGAUUCCACACAAAGUUUCCACAAUCCAAUCAUUUGUUGUUGUUUUGAGAGUUUGGGUGGUUUUUUUUGUGUGUUUGUUGAGGACAUGACUAGACAGAUAUUCUCUCGAUAGAAAGCCCAACUUGGGGGUGUUUCAACCUCUUCAUCGGAACGAACAACCGCAGGUUGGUGACAGUGCUUUUGGGAAACGCACCCCUGACUGAAACGAAAAUACGCCACGAUGGCAUUUUUAAUGAUCACUGGAAGCAGUUUACGAUUUUUUUUCGGUCCAGCUGUUAAACGAUAAAAACAGCGACAAUCAGAAUCCAUCUUCCUUUAAAGAGCUUAAGUGUGUAAAAUAGCAGCUGACAAAACUGCUUAUGGUGAAGAGAAUGUUUAUAGAACGCUUAUAUAGUUAAUGUUAUUAUAGUUAUUGUUAAUGAACAAUUACAAUUCAGUUUAACGAUAGAGGAAUUUUACAGUGUAUUGCAUUGGGCUUUAGAGUUAACUAAGUCUCUGUAACUAAGUGUUUUUCUGUUAUUUUACCGAUUUAUAACUAUAGUUGCUUAUUAGCAUGCCUAUUAUUAACAUAUUGGCUGUUUAUUAAUCAUUAUAUCCCAACUCCUGCUUAAAAACUACUUUACAGCAAAUUAGGAGUCAACUGAGGCUAAAUUCGUGGUUAAUGGGCCUUGAAAUAAACUGACCUUUAUUUCUUACAGCGUAUUUUUAAUGUAACGUUAGCUUACAGUAAUUGUAACUGGCUUGAUACGAGAACAAUGGAAGUCUAUGCGAUGUUCAUAUGUAGUUUGAUAAGCGUGUGUACGCGGUGCCAAACGGCCGUGGCGUUCCCCCCCCGCGCGCCGCAGGUCAGGCGGAGCGCUGCAACCCUACACAAAGAAGACAAGCCGGGGCGGGCAAUCCUUCCCGUAUCGCAUAACCCGUAUCGCGUUUUCAAACCCUGUCGCGCGUUUCGCACUUCGGCAGAGGAAGCUCCCACUUCCCUUAAAACACAGCAGCUUUCGAAGAACGAGCUAUUAAACGAGACGAGCUAAAGAGAUGUUUAGCGGACCUGCAGGUGAAGGGUACGUCUCUCUCCUUCCGUCUGUCUCCCUCUCAUCGGGCGGCCUCGGGCCAACCGCCGCGUGUGCUUGUGCCGCAUGCGACAGCUGUUAGACAUUAUUAACGGCUCAAGCAGAAAAUCCAGAUUACUUGUUUUUAAUUUCUGUUUUAUUAUUGUAAUCUUUGAGAGAAAAGAGCGGAGGAAAGCAUGCAGCGCUUUGGAUGGAGGUGGAUUGCGGGGUCCUGACCUCAGGAUGAAUCUCUGAGAGCUAUCUUACUGGCAGUGGACUGAUGGGCAAUUCCUCAGCCUCCUUCAUGGGGACGUUCCUGGCCAGCAGUCUAGGCUCCCCUCCCUCACACCCACCACACCCCUCCAGACCACCGUCCUCUCCCUCCUCUCCUCCUUAUCGUGGGGGUCCUCACUCCAGCGCCUCUCAGAUCUGGUUUCCCCACUCACAUGAAGCAGUCCCAGGGUAUCCUCGCUUCUCAGGGAGUCUAGCCCACACCUUUCUUCCCAUAAGCCAUUUGGAUCACCAUGCCAACAGUGGGGUUCUUUAUGGACAGCAUCGUUUCUAUGAUACACAAAAAGAGAACUUCUAUUUAAGAAGCCUCCCGUCCCAGCCCCCACUUAUCUCAGCCAAUCACAACAUCCAGCCGAUGUCAAGGACAGGUUCAGGACAACCACAGGGCUCAUGCAGCAGGGACAGAGAUGCAGGAAGUGGGAUGAACCUACAAAAGGGUCUUAAAGAGCCUAGCUUAGAAAGAGGUGUGGUUUCAGCAGGAAAGGACAAAGACAGGCCUAGUAAUAAACAUGAUACUAAAGACCGACAUCACCACCAACUACCCCAUCAUCACUCCCAUCAACCCCAGCUCCACCCACAACAUCCAGCCACUAUGGAAGAGAUGAAUGGCAGGGGGCACAAAGCCACUCUGCCUAUGGAGUAUAAGGAACAUCCACAGAGCAUGGGAAAGCCUCUUAGUGCCUGUCUGCUCAAUGGAAAGAUGCUAAAUGGGGACCAUGGAACAGUAGCAAAAGGCUCCAUGGCUACUUGUGGUGGGGAUGGGGUGGGCAGAGGUAAUGUAGGGUCCAAUAAUGUCCAAAACAGACAUGUGGGUGGUGGCACUAAUGGGCGCUGUGGUAAAGAGGCGAUAAGUGGGGAGAUGCGGAUCAGUGAACAGCCUUCUACAGACUGUCUGGAGAGAGGUCAGACACUGCAGCAUUCUUUGUCCUACUCAGUACCUCCUCCACUGCCCAUGGCUGCUGGAGGUGGGCAUCCAAGUGGCUUCCACUGUCUGCAGCUCCAUCCUGGUCACCCCCAUCACCCACACCAAAAUCGCCACUCUCACCAUCACCCUGACUUUUUCUGCCCUCCACCGCCAGCCCCUAUGGGAAAUCCUUCCUUACAUGAUAAAGGAAUCAAUAGUGGUGGCUGCAGAGACCCCAAAGUGACUGGAGCCACAUUUAUUCCAUCUGUUAGCCACCUUGGGGAGAAAAAUGGAGGCUCCUUCCAGAUGGGCAGCUCUGAGUGCCAGGGGGUUGGGGGCGGAGGGAAUAGUGUCAAGGACAAGGCCAUGGAAAAGACUGGCAAUGGGGGGCAUCAUGGUAACUGGCCCAGGAAACAACAGCAUCAACCUCCGACCCAGCAGCAGCAUCCCUACAGAAAAGCUGAAAAAGGCCCUGACUGGAUGCACAACCACAACCACCACCAUCAUCUACAGCAACAACAGCAGCAGCAGCAGCAGCAGCAGCAGCAGCAGCAGCAAAGUCAUUCCCAGCAACACCAGACUGUGCGCUCCCGCAGUGCUGACUGCAUCAACAGUAUGGAAACAGACAUGUUCAGAUCUACUCUGACUCAAGAGACAAAGGCUGUUCAUCCUCUACCCAACCAAACCAACGCCAAUUCCCAGCCCUACAGAGACUGCUCACACUCGGGGCCUCCAACCAUUCCCUCACCUCUUGCUGGGAAGACCAUGACCCAGCACACGGGUGGAGGAGGACAUGGAAGCUGCUCCAUGCAGCGAGAUGGACAGAAGGUUGCCCGAAUUCGCCACCAACAGCACAAUAGGGCUGUCCCUGAUACCCCUGGCACAGACAUGGCCCAGGUUAAUGGGAACCAGGAGAUGAAGCGGAAGAUUGAAAUGUCUCCUUACAGCUACAACAACAAUGUGCAGCAUCACCCACAUCAGCAGACAUCAGUGCCACCUUGGGCAAUGCAACCUCAUCACAUCCACUCUGAAGAUAACCAGCACAAAGCUUACAUGGACCCUAACAGUGGAGCUGCCAAUAACAGACCGUCCACACAACAGCAGCACCAGACGGCAGGAAUGGGUCCUCCUGCUCCUCCUCCCCUUCAUCCCGCUCCUCCUCAAAAUCAGCAGGAGGUCACAGGCUCACAAGGAGAGAACAGUGCCAUGAAGAACCUUCUGAAGUAUAGCAACCAGCAGCCUCUCCUUUUGUCCCAGAAGAGCCCAUUUGGAGGGCUUGGGAACCUCAAAACAGCAGCUAAUGGCACCAGCUGCUCUAUACAAGGAGGCAAGCAGACCCUACCCUCCAGGAAAGGCCAAAGCCAUGAAAGUGAGCGAGCUGAUUGUGGUGGACAUGGCAGAGAGAUAGGAGAUGUCCCACAUGUAGAGGGGGAGGUGCGACAGCCUCCGGUAGGGAUUGCAGUUGCAGUGGCAAGACAGAGAGAACCUCCAUGCCAAGCAUCAGGCAGCCAUCCCAGCAGCCGACAGGGGCGGGUGCACUCCACCAUGAAAGGCACUCCACGCUCCAUGUAUUCUUCGGAUUCAACUGGAGAGGAGGAGAGGAAAAGGAUGAGUGUAGAACACAUGGGCCACCGCUGCCUAGAGAGAGAACGAGACGUGUAUAUCAGGGAUAACAAGGAAAGGGUGGAAUUUGCACACAUCCAUCCCUCAAACAGUUGCCAUGGUGACCUCACCUCUCACAUCAUGGUGCCAGGUGGCACUUCCAUGCAGUCCAGCCAAUUAGGAGACCCAGCUGCACAUACACACUCUGCUCACCACCACUGGAUGCCACGUACAGGAAGUCCCUCCCUCUGGAUGACGGGUCACUCCUAUGGUAUCGGCCACACAGCUCUGCAUCAGAAUCUCCCUCCUGGGUUUUCUGCAGCCAUGCCUGCUCCUCUUCAGCCAGUUCUACCCCUGCCCCAGGACCCCUCCACCCAACUAGUGGUGCUUCCUAGUGAGCCUGCCACACACCCGGCUACUCACCUUGAUGUGAUGGAGCAGCCUGGCCUGUGGCCCCCAGUCUACAGGGCCCGAGGGGCCCACUCCCACAUGCAGCAUCCUGCUGUGUAUCCUCGCUCGCAGUUUCUACGGCAACAAGAGCUUUAUGCUUUCCAGCAACACCAGCAGCUACAGCAUCAGCAACACCCCAGCCAUCACACUCCACCACCUCCAUCACACAGAGUAGCAAACAACAUAGAGCUGCAGCAGAGAGCCACAGCUGACCACAGUCAGGUGCAAAAGAAACCAGAAGAACAUACCAUGGAGCUAGAAGACAUUUUGUCUGACCCCCGGACACCUAAACCUGCUAAGUGCUAUGCCUACGGUCCAUCCAACCAGACCUCCUCACCCCCCAGGGGCUCCACUGCCCACUUGUCUCCUUGCUGCCAGUCCCCUUGUAUGCGUCCUCACCCUAAAAGCACACCCUCUACUCCCUGCCCUGCCCCAAGUCCAGUAGCUGUGACACCCCGCUCACCAGCCAUCAGCCCUUCUCCAUCACAGAUGCCCAAAACUGUUGAGUCCCAAGAAAAGAGAGUGGAAGGGCAGCCACCGCAAGACUAUCCUCAAUCUAUGGAGCCUGAUCUGCCACCUGGAUAUACCUAUCCAGAAAUCAACAUGGGAUAUAGGAAUGUCCCCUCCACUCAAGACGUACAGCUGGCAGAACCUGCUGAUCUGGAGGCUGUUCAGACUGAACCUGUUGAGCAUCCUCCUCCAGCUCUCUCCAGCUUGGGAGAGGGACUAGAAUGUCAUGCAAUGGUGAGGCCACUCCAAGAACCACAAGAGCCAACAAUGGACGUUGAUGCCACCGGUCUAGUUGAAGAACAGCCUGAGGGUGUGUUUGUGCAAGGGAAGGAUGUUGAGGCAGUCAUGGCCAUGGGCUGUUGUGAACCCAUAGAGAAUAAUCAGGAAAAAGAGCAUGAAGAGAUAAUUUGCACACCUGCUGAAGUUUCAGGCUGUGAAGCAGGACAGAUAACUACCCUAUCGUCUGAGGAAGUAAUCCAUCAAGAAGAACCGAUUACUGCCUUUGAGGAAGAAGCGGGUGAAGAUAUACCUCCUCAAGAGAGUGAAGUUAUCGACACACUGAAAAAUCCAAUACCACAACCAUGUGUUUCUGAUUGUUCAGUCAGCCAGCUGCCAAACACCACUGCCCAAACAGAUGUUGCAGUGGUUGUUGAAGAAGAUGAAGAGAAAAACUAUGUGAAGGUUUCAUCUCCAACAAUGAAUAGCAGUUCCCAGAGUCUCACUGCAAGUUACUGGAGUUUGGAGCUCCUGAUUGCAGCAGCGUUCUGUGGGGACUGUCCUCCUCCCUCUCCACCCUCCCCUUACCAAUCCCAAAGAUACUGUGGCCCACUCAACUCUGCCUAUCAUGGCAUGGAAUUGCUAAGUGAGCUGGCUGAUCUGGAACUGCAACGUUUUCACCAAAGUUGCGGUAAAACUCAAGAAGAAGAUCAAUGGAUUUUUGACCUGCAGAGUCUUGCUACUUUGGCAGCAGCUCGUGCCCUUGAAUUGGACUCACAGGAAAGCAUCACCACAGAUGCUGAGCAGCAGUUUCCUGCUCGAAAAACUAUCAACUUGCGCAGAAAAUGCAGCUGGACACCUCGCCAUGAACCGGUUUGCCCAGUGAAAGGUACCAUGGACAGUAUGGAUGGGCAGGAGCUGGCUAUGCGAGUGAGGUUAGCAGAGUUGCAACAGCGUUACAAAGAGAAGCAGAAGGAACUUGCUAAACUCCAGAGGAAGCAUGAUCACCAGAAAGAGGAGACUCCUCGCAGUCCAGCACGUCGUGGACCUGGUAGACCGCGCAAACGCAAAUCAGUCCCUGGUCUUAGCUCCGGGGCCCUUAAUGAACCCCAGAAAAAAGUAAAAUUGGUGGGGGCGGGGCUAAGUCCACUAGCAGAAGAGCAACGGGGUGGGGGUGAAUCGCAGAAAAAAAAGGAAAAAUUGUCCAGCCGAGGAUUUGGACGCCUUAGCUCUACACAGAUGAAGUCACAAUGUUAUCGGAAGAACAGCACACUUGAUCAACAAAUAACUCAACUCAAGCAGAAGGUCUCAGGUGGACGACAUUCAUCUGGAGCUGUGUCAAGAGACCCUGAGUUUUCCUCAGCAUCUAAGAGUCUAUACUCUGGCCAUAAUAACUCCAAAAGAGAUUCCACACAACUCACCAAUGAGUCUGAGAGCCUGAGCGAUACAGCCACGAGUGGGGACAGCAGGACACAGGAGUGCUGGAAGAGGCAUGAUCCAGUGGCAGUUAAAAAGGAAAGGAAGAAAAGUCUUGGAUCAGCAGCUUGUUUGCAGCAGCCAGGGGCAAGGAUCACGCAGGGCAGGGGACAGGAAGUGGACGAGGACGGGGAGACGUCCCCCCCUGAGAGCGAGUCCUCUGAGCAAGACGAAGAUGAAGAGGAAGGCAGUUAUGCCAGUGAGGAAGGCCAAGACAUCAAAGCACCGACGUUUAGAGAUCUGCCAUUCAGUCCGACUAUUACAGGCCCCUCCACUUUCUCUGUUGUCAAACUGGAAGCCAAUCAGAAGGCGAAAAUUAAGCGGGAACGGCAAGAACUUUAUGGAUCUCAGUUUCGGGCUAUAACAGAUGGGGACGUGAAAGUAAAACGACGACCCCCCUGUAGAUCCGUCCCCAUGACUGUCUCCAAACCACCAGGAGUUAGAAGGCGCCCAGGGAGACCCAGACUGCAGGACAAACGCUGGCCUGGGAUCACAGGCAGGCCGGGUCAUUACAGAAAGAGUAGCAGUCUUCUCUCAUUUCCCAGCAGCAGCAACAGCGAGAGGCUCAAGAGAGCCACUCGGAAGAGCUCCAUGCUAAGAGCCACGAGGAGAACUUACUGGUCGACCGAGGCCCAGUCUCAAGACAGUGAUGAUAACGGCAGCACUCGGAGAACCAGACUUCGAGAGCGAUUCAGUGUCUGUGCUGCUCCUGUGGUUCAGUCGAAAGGUCGAGCGGUCAGCCGUCUGAUGGAGAGUUUUGCAGCAGAUGAAGGCUUCCACCUGGGUGAGGACAGUAGCUUCUCAGAGGAGGAUGAGAGAAAGGUGUCUUCGAAUAGCAGAAGUGUUCCAGCUCCUCCGAACUGUGUUCUGACCAAAGAGCUCCUGACAGAUGGACUCAAAGUUCUGAUUUCCAAAGAAGAUGAACUACUGUAUGCUGCUCGUGUGCAACCCCUGGAAUCGCCUGAUGUCUACAGUAUUGUUAUCGAUGGGGAGAGAGGAAACCGACCCAGAAUCUACUCCCUGGAGCAACUCUUGCAGGAAGCCGUACUGGAUGUACGCCCUGACACUGAGGCUGUGCUAAAAGAAGGGACUAGAGUGUGUGCUUACUGGAGUGAGCGCUCACGUUGUCUUUACCCGGGAUAUGUGCAAAGAGGAGGCGAUGAAACUAAACCUGGUGGAGUUAUGGUGGAGUUUGAUGAUGGAGAUAGAGGGUGGAUCUCUUUCUCCAAUAUUCGCUUUCUUCCUCCCGGUUACCAAAUCCAGUGUGCUGAUUUGAGUCCUGGACACAUGUCUGAGGGGCAGCUUGACAAAAAUGGCUCCAUGCAAGAAAACAAGACUCUGAGUGAAAGGACAGCAAGAACGGACAGAUUCAAAGCUCAGGAGAAGCCUGUCAGAAGACCAGGGAGGCCUAAAGGUUCAGGGCUAAAGAAGUCUCUCUCAGACAGUGUAGCCAAGAGCUCAGCACCUGCUGUUACAUGGCCAUCGGUGGCUGCACCCAGGAAGAGAAUGUCUGUUAACUUUUUUCAACUGAAUGGCUUAGCCUCGAAGAAGGCCUUGAAAGGCAGGGUGGCGGAAACAUCUUCUCGACCUUCAUCCUCCAUGACGACACCAACCAAAGGCCUCUUUAGCAGUAGCUCCUUUGAGGUUGACUCCUUCAGCAGCAUAGCUAAUGGGUAUUCAUCCUUUGGAAGCCAGACAUCUGGGAUUUCACUGGAGGGCAAGAAUAGUUCUUAUGGUCAAAAGAAGAGAACCGAGGAGCCAGCACCACCUCGGGGCAAGAAAGCAGAAUUUUUAGUCAAAUUGGACCACGAAGGAGUUACAUCUCCAAAGACUAAAAACAGUAAGGCUCUCCUGUUGCUGGGGGCCUCAGGAUUUGGCUCCAAUGGGGUGGGUGGUUUGCCCAGGGCAGAGGCUUACUCACACCCAGUUCUACUGGUCAAGGACAACAGAAAAGGAGACGGCUCCCGAGCAGAGCUUCUUUUGAAAGGGACAGCAGUCCAGAGGAAGCCCUCACCAUCAAUGCGCAUGAGCGAGUAUGGAGACUUGAACCUUGGCUGCCACAGGGACUGCCACAGCUCUUACUCAGACAUGGAUGAGGAAGAGGAAGAAGUAGAAAGGAGGUCGGGCCGUGCUGCACUUGCUCCAGCCUCUGGAGGUUUGAGAACAGCCGGUCGUUUUCUCUCACGCAUCUCAGUCUCCUCAUCUUCCUCAGGUUCAUCCAGCUCUUCCAGCUCAGGCUCUCUCUCGAGUUCCAGUCUGUGCUCUUCUGAAAAUGACUCAUCUUACAGCUCGGAGGACGAGGAAAGCUCCACACUGUUGCUCCAAAGCUGCUUGACCCCCCACCAUUCUUUGCUCCAGACCCCUGAACCCCCCGUGGGACCCCCACGGCACUCCUUUGUGGCCAAAGCUGUGGCAGUGUCCAGUGCCAAAGGUGGGCAUAGCAACCACAGUACUAACAGCAAGCCACAAAAGAGGAAAGAGUAUUCCAAUUCGCUCUCCAAAACCUCUAAAGAUCUGGUUAAGAGGCAACGGCUUCUUUCAGACCAGACCAAACCCAGAGUGUCAUCCAUCCUGCCAUCUAGACAGCUGUGGAGGUGGUCAGGAAACCCCACGCAACGGCGUGGACUGAAGGGAAAGGCCCGGAAGCUUUUCUACAAGGCCAUAGUGCGUGGCAAGGACGUGGUGCGGGUAGGAGACUGCGCUGUGUUCCUUUCGACUGGGCAGCCUCAUCUGCCAUUAAUCGGCCGCAUUGAGAGUUUCUGGGAAUCAUGGCAGAGCAGCAUGGUCGUGAAGGUCCAGUGGUUCUACCACCCCGAGGAGACAAAGCUAGGCAAGAGACAUCGUGAUGGCAAGCAUGCUUUGUACCAGUCUUGCCAUGAAGAUGAAAACGACGUCCAGACAAUCUCUCAUAAGUGUCAGGUGGUCACACGGGAGGAAUACGAGCGUUUGACCCACAACAGGAAGUCUGAUGGGAGCUAUCAUGACCUGUACUACCUGGCCGGCACUUACGACCCCACCAGUGGCCAGCUACUCACUGCAGACGGGAUGUCCAUACUUUGUUAGCACUGGACUUGCAUGCCUGCGUAUACUACUGAGUUGUCUUUGGUCCAAGUCAGAGAUGUUGCACUGCAAAUAAAAGGCUGGACUCUCUGAGGAGCAGGAAAUAGAGUACCACCCUCAUACCUACAAACUCGGCCUACUCUGGGGAGAUAUGCGCAUGCUCCUCCUAGCGAUACCUUACAGUACAGUAGAUGCAGUUUGUCCAUGGUCCUAAUUCUCUUCAGAGGUUUUCUAAUGGACAUCUUGUGGAUCUAAUUUUGUAUGAACCAUUACCUGAUCUUAGAUCACCAAAGCAAAACUCUUGGUUUGGAGAACAUGGCGGAUGUUUAUGAAGACUUGAGCCGUGUUGUAGGCAGUGGCGGUGUGGAGUGAUCUCCGCACGUUACUUUCAUGAUUCCAGGGAUAUUUAAGUACGUAUAGAUCUAAAUAUAUAUUAAGUUCAUUUAUGUAUAUAUAGGGAAAUAUUUCCUAUCAAGCCAUACACUUCAGUACCUCUUAACAUGUCUUUUUAUUCAGGUGUAUAUUGUACAGGACAGGUUGCUGGUGUUUUUUUGUGUGUGUGUGUUUUCUUUGUUGUUGUCUAUAUGUAAAUAUUCUAAGCUAUUUUAUAUAAGUGUAAUGUACAGAGGCUUAUCUUA